GCCUUACCCGAGUCGCGAGCGCAUUCGUUUCAAACAACUGACAGAAAUCAAAACCAAGCUUGCUGCCCGAGAUCAACGAACUUUUUUCUGCUCGUCUCCGAGCACUACUUUAUUUCGCUUAUUCACGAGUUAUUGAGGCUAUAAUUGGGGACAAAUUAAGGCGUAAAUAAAUAAAGAAAAUCAAGAUUUAUUAAAUAAGUGACACAGAAACAAAAUGGCCCCCACGAAGGCGAUGCGCCCGAUCAUCCCGGUGCUACCCGCGACUCGGGUCACCACUCGCAGCAAAGCACAAAACAACAAUGCAUUGCUUAAGGGCAAGCGGAAGGCAGACGCCUCGCCCUCGAAACAAUCCGCUGCUAAACGCUCCGCUUUCGGCGAUGUUACCAACGCUGAAAAACUGAAGGCAUUUGAUAACAAAUCGAAACAGAUUCAAAAGCCUCUGUUGAAAAAGGUAAUGGUACAGUCGAAAGUGUUACCAUCGGUGAAAACGAUUGGCAAACCAAAACAGAAUGAAAAUGUGGCUCCGCCGCCGGCACCAGCACAUAAAGUGCAGACUAGGCAAACGACGAAGGUGGUACAUCCACUAAUACCGAAUCAAACAGCGCAGAAACCAAAAGAAGUCCUCAAGGAAAUCACUGUAAAUAAGGUGAAAACACGUUUGAGUAAUGAGUUCGAAAAGACUGAUGACUCUUUGUAUUCCUCUGCACUGGAAGAUAUCAGCGUGUCUUCACGGGGUAGCAUGGGCCGGAAGGGUAGUAACGCAUCGACGGAGAGCCGCGACAAGAUGUCCAUAACGAUGGUGGCACACCAAAUGGAAGCCAAUCUGAAUUUGGGAAAUCACGAAGUGCCUCAGGGUGUGAACGAUUUUGACAAGGAGAACUGGGAUGAUGUUUUCCAAAUCUCACACUAUGCCAUGGACAUAUUCAAUUAUCUCAAAAGUAGAGAGCCCACGUUUUUGCCUGAUGACUACAUGGAGAGACAACCGAACUUGACAAGAUGGAUGCGCUCGUUGCUUGUCGAUUGGAUGGUCGAGAUUCAGGAGAGUUUUGAACUGAAUCACGAAACGCUUUAUUUGGGCGUCAAGUUGGUGGAUUUAUAUUUGAGUAAGGUAACUGUAAACAAGGAUGUUCUGCAGUUGGUGGGUGCGGCGGCAAUGUUUAUUGCUAGCAAGUAUGACGAGCGCAUUCCGCCCUUGGUUGAUGACUUUUUGUACAUUUGCGAUGGGGCGUAUACGCGCAAAGAACUUCUUCGGAUGGAGAUUAAUUUACUGAAGGUUGUCCAGUUUGACUUGGGCAUUCCUCUCAGUUACCGAUUUUUGAGGCGUUAUGCUAGGGCCGCAAAAUUGACCAUGCCUAUUUUGACAUUGGCUCGUUUCAUCCUCGAAUACUCGUUGAUGGACUACGCGACCAUUAGCAUUUCUGACUCCAAGAUGGCCGCCGCCGCUUUAUAUUUGGCGCUGCAGAUGAAAGGGGUCAGUGGAUGGACGCCUACAUUGGAGUUUUACACGGGUUAUAAGUUGGAGGAAAUAAUGGAGACUGUCAUCACUUUGAACCUCAAUUUACACCGCAAGCCAAAAGAGGCGCUGAUGACGGUAAGAAAUAAAUACUCACACAAAAUCUUCUUCGAGGUAGCCAAAACACCGUUAGUGAAUACCGAAGAAUUUAAAGCAUGAGGGCGUAAUUUUUUAAGGCCAUUAUCUCAAUCUGUAUUUUAGCCACUUUUUAUGUACUUCUGUUAAGAACUGUUCUAAUUUUAUUUGUCCAUUGACACCCAUCUACGUGCCAACGUCUAAAACGCGCUUGCGUACGCGCACAUAUGUCUUUAGUCUUUAUUUUUACCUGUUUUUAAAUGUAAUUAAUAUUUAAUUAUUAAAAGAAAGACGUGAUGCUACACUUGCUCACGUUUUCGGUGAGACAAGUGAGGGCUGAAAACAAGAUGACAGACUUGUUGAUGUAAUGUAAUGAUGGUGUAAUCCGCAUUGACAAUGUAAUGAUAUUACACGAUAUUGAUUGAAUAUAUGCACGAAUGGUGCGUUGCAUGUCCAAUAACCGAAAUUGACUGAGUGACAAGAAAAGUGUUAACAUUUAAUCUCGAUGUUUGAUGUGACACUUUAUAUUGUUUACGCUUAUGUGGAGUACGUGGAUAGAACGAAAAUAAUGUUUGAAUAAAUAGUUUUUGUAAUUUUU